AAAUGGAAUAUCCCUCUAGCAGCAGCUUUCUUCGUGUCAGUGAAUGGCUACUUCCUCCGCCUUCAUCGCUCCAGCUCUCUCUGCACCGGCGCCGGUCGGCCGACACUGCGCGGCUGCAUCCGUAUGCCUCCCCGGUGUCCGCCGCAGCCGGCGCUUGUCCCGCGGCGUGCGGUGCAGCGCCGGGCAGGGUGGCCUCAAGGUCCCAGCGAAGCUGGCGGAGCUGUGGGAAGCGGCGAGGGUCGCGCCUCCGCUGGUCGUGCUCGCGGGCGCGGUGGCGGUUUUUGCGAUCUACAAGGUGGCGUCCGGACUCCUCAAGCCGCCCUCUCCACCGCCGCGUCGGCGGGAGGAGACCCAGACUGUGCCGGCCCCGCCAGUCCCGGAGCCGGUGGAGGUGGGGGAGAUCACGGAGGAGGAGCUGCGGCAGUACGACGGGUCUGACCCCGAGAAGCCGCUGCUCAUGGCCAUCAAGGGGCAGAUCUAUGACGUCUCCCAGGGCAGGAUGUUCUAUGGACCUGGUGGGGCAUAUGCGUUGUUCGCUGGUAAAGAUGCGAGUAGGGCAUUAGCCAAGAUGUCCUUCGAACCGCAGGAUCUGACUGGGGAUAUAUCUGGCCUUACACCAAUUGAGCUCGGUUCCUUGAAUGACUGGGAGUACAAGUUCACCAGUAAGUAUGUGAAGGUAGGAACCAUAAGAAGAGCAGUGCCUGCAGAAGAGGGUUAUGGUAGCAUUUCGCCUGAAAUACAGGAGGAGGUUGCUGGGCCUGGGCCUGAGCCUGAGCCUGAGCCCGAGCCGAAUGAAGACGAUGCGCCAUGAAACAUAAAGACAUCUGAGUUCUGAUGGGAGGGGUAGAACGAAAUGUAGGGCAGGGCGCUGCUGAUGAAUGCUCCAAAGGGAGUUAGAAACCGAAUGCCUCCUAUCUGCUGCAUGCAUGAGGCCUGAUGUUUGCAGAAAUGGUGCUUAAGUUUACAUGACCAGUAGAUGUGUGUACUCUAGAGUAGAAGUGAAUGGUUGAAUUUGAACUUUGAAGGGAUCAGUGCUCUAGUUCCAUGUUCGUCAUCGACGUCAUGUUAAAACAAACCUGAGAUGAUCACAGUACUGCAGCUCUCGCCCCAGGAGCAGUAAGCAGGGCUCUGCACUUCUGCAGCUCGCAAGUAAGAUUGCAUCCAAACAUUUUAGGACCUCAUGUGCUUGAAGUAAGAGGUCACAUUCACAAACUAACUAUUUUUAAAAUAUGUUUCGCAAGUCACAAUGCAGGAAUUAGUCCCAGUCCAGUGCCUCUGUGCCUUGUGGCUUAGUUCCUGCUUCGUUCUAUUGUCCUGCUAAAAUACUUUAUCGUUUCUUCGUUCAUGUCAUUUCUGAUGUAUAAUUUCUCCUACUGAAAGACGAGAAGCGGCAGAAAAAAUACAUCUUCUUUUGCGUCUUGUUUC